AUGAUAUUCUCUACUUCCACCGCCAUCAUUGCCAUCUUGGUUGGACUGGCUGCUGCUGCGCCGGUUGACGAUCACUCUCCGACUUCCGGUCCGAAGACGAAUUCGGGAGAGCCUUGCCCCGUCUGGUUCAGAGAGCCAUGCUGCAUCUCGCCACCGGAGCGUUUAGACAACAUCGACCCAGUAACGUCAGUCAUGGGCACAGUCUGUCAAAAAUACCCUGCCAGCACCCGCGUCUGGGACUAUGACAAACUCUUGCGCUUGUCUCUUACUCCCAUGGUCUGCGCCAAGAAGCUGCAGGCGAGCGUUGAUGACCUCAAGAUGCACUUCUACGCUGCGAAUUGGACAGUCAACGUCCGCGCUCUUGACCUUGCGACCGGCAAAUAG